UCCGGUCGGUGGCUACGGAGUCCAGCUUUUACAAGUGUCCCCACUGCUUACUAGAUACAUCAACAACAACAGGGAACUAAUUGUUCGUAGCAGCGAGAUGUGUUUACAGUAGGAGUGCAGAUAGAGCAAAACUUUUCUAUCAUAAAGAUGGAAAGUUCAUCAACUAACACAAGUACACCCCUCUUUUGGUGUAAUAUCUGCCGUGUAUCAUGUUUGUCAGCUCUCAAUCUACACAUGCAUUUUAUGGGUGCUAAACACAAGAAGGUAGAAGAAUCACUUAAAAAUUGUGGAGGUGAACAGCUCUGGCCAUUUUCUGUAGACAAUAUUUCCUCAGGAAAAGAAUCCAAAGAGAAACCAAAUGAUGACCAGACUGAGCCAUGUCCAUCGGAAAGAAGUCUUGGGGAGGGUAAUAAACACUCAGCCGUCACAUACAGCAAAGCAGAAGUGUUUGCUUUCUUGCGUAACUUUGAAGUGGCAGAUAAAUCUGAUGUGACUUUUAUCAAAACAGUCACACUGUUGUUUUCAAAGGCUUUGAGGAAGUUUCAGGGAAAGGACCUUGAAGAUAAGGAGUGCUUUGGAGCUGAGCCAGAGUCUAGUGUUGAUGAGGAAGAUCUCAAGAGUCCCAGAACAUAUUCAGGCUCCAGGUCUGUCUCCAUUUCAAUACAGCCACUUCAUACCUCAUCACACAAACAGAAGGCUAAACAUAGGAGGAGAAAGACUUAUUCUCACUCUUCAUCAAGAUCACCUUCAUCAGAGCAUGUUCGGUCAACCAGUCGUUCUUCACUACAGAUAACUAUAAAAUCAGCCAAUGUAGGAGAAAAUAGUAACAUCAAAGAAGAGCUAGGUGAGAUUGUCCUCAGUGAAAAUGAUAAUACAGAAACCUUGGAAGUGAUUGAUACACUUGAGGAAAAUUGUACUUCCAAUCCUGAUCUUGAAGAUAAGGAUGAUCAUUUUGAAAUGGAUCAGUCAGUAGAAAAUGGAAACCCAGAAUGUCUGACAGCAGAGGCUGCUAGCAGUGACGAUGAAGACGUAUAAUUUAGCAAUGCAUAUGUAAAUGGUUUGGAAUUGGAAAAACACAUGAAAAUUUCUUCGUCUUAUCUAGGUUUGAGCAAUGCCUGUAUUUUGCAGGUUCACAAAAAGAUUUAGGCGCUGACAGUAAAUAUAUUGACUUAUCUGAAUCAUAGGAUACACCCAGCCUUCCAAAUAACUAUUGCAUCGAAUUUUUAAUAUUCCGUUUAUUUCAUGAGUAUGUUUUGUCAUUUUGACUGUGAAAAAUCAUAAUUAUUCCUAUCUGUUCAUAUUUUUUUCAAAUAUUACUUGUAAAUAAUUCACCUUAUUACUUUGAAUAAUUAAAAUCCCAAGUAAAUAAAGGUGGACUUUUGAAUUUAAACAAAAAUAAAUCUUUAUUAAAACA